UACUGCACUGGAAGGGAGACGGAGGGGGUGCUUGCUCCCCAGUUGAUUAAUUCUUGGGGUGGGCUUGCGCUGGCAGCUGCUGGAUCAAUUUUGCCUUGGCUGGGGGGUUAUUUGGCAGACCACGCUGUGGCUUUGGAUGGGAAGUAGGAAGAUUCUGUUCUGAGGACAGACAUCACACAUAUGCCCAGAGAACCGCCUCAUCCAGCUGCUGGAAGAAAGCUGCUUGCCAAAGAUGGAGAAAAGGAUGCGCCAUCUCUCCAGACUGAACCAGAGCCUUCCUCACUGCAGUGUCCAUCAUUCUCUGAGCUCACGCAGCCCGCUUAACCAGGGCACGGCAGCUGCAGCUGGAUUCACCGGACAGAUGAGGCUCAGGUGGGUUGUGGGAACCCGGCCUUGGUUUUGCGUGUAUUAGUUCAGAAGACAGGGUGUUUCUAGCCAACUACCAGAACGGCUGCUCCUGAUGGAAGUGGGCCAAGAGCCUCUCCGAUUGUCAGCCCUUUAGAGAAGGCUCUUGAGCGAACGCAGCCUCCGGAUCCAAAGGGCCUUCGUGACCAGGAGGCCAAGAAACUCCACGAAAGUUGCUCGGCUUCUUUGCUUGUACAGAAAGCCUGCCCUCCCCCACGGACGCAUCCAAGGAAGUGGCGGAACGGGGCGUCCCUGGCUCCCACACGCCCGGGUGAGUCCUCCUGGCGUUUCCCGGGUUCAGCCGGGCCCCGGGUCGAACUUCAGUUGCCGCAAGGGUCUCCCUGGUAAGGCGUAAAGUCUCCGUCCGGCGUCCGCAAGAACCCGGAGCCGGAACUGCUGCCGGGCGAAGCCCAAGCCGAGAGCCACUCGCUCGGCUAAGGAGGGAGGAGGAGCUCCACCUCGCCGCCUCGCUCGGCUUCCCACUUGCGCAGGCCGGACGCCUCCCAGUCGGCAGCCAUGUCCAACGCUCCGAGGCCCUUUCCUGCCGAGGCGGUGCGGGAAUCCGGCAGCGGCUCGCCGGCUCGCCUGGGCGCCGCCUAUUUCGACCAGCCCUGCGUCCGCCUGGCUAAAGCCCUGCUCGGGCAGAUUCUCGUUCGGAAACUGGCCGACGGACGGGAGCUGCGGGGACGGAUAGUUGAAACGGAAGCCUAUUUGGGAGGGGAGGACACCGCUUCGCACUCCAGGGGGGGUCGCCGGACUUCUAGGAACGCAGCCAUGUUCAUGGGACCUGGCACGCUGUACGUGUACCAAAUCUACGGGAUCUACUUUUGCAUGAACGUCUCCAGCCAAGGGGAAGGCGCUGCAGUCCUCCUGCGUUCCCUGGAGCCCCUGCAGGGGCUGGAGGCCAUGAGAGAGCUGCGCCUGGCCCGACAGCAGAAAACUCCCACGCGCCCUCUCAAGGACUGGCAGCUGUGCAACGGGCCCUCCAAACUCUGCCAGGCCCUGGCCAUCGAUCGGAGCUUUGACCGGCAGGACCUGGGCUGCAACUCUUCCGUGUGGCUGGAGCCUGGCCUGGAAGCCUCCGGAGACCAAGUCCCCAUCUGCGCCCCCCGCAUUGGCAUCAGUGGGGAGUGGGCCCAGAAGCCUUUGCGCUUCUAUCUCCAGGGCAACAAGUGUGUGAGCGUCAUUGACAAAAAUGCUGAGGGGAAACUGCCACGUGAUGCCAUCCCAGAGAAAUGUGUUUAACCUGCAACAUUAAGUAGUCAUGAAUACUGAUGCCAACAAAGAAGGACUAGAAAUGCCA